AUGGAUAUUACGAAAGGCAAUAUGCGACGAGAUAAUGAAAAUGAAAUAGGUAUCUCAAGUAGUAUAACUACAUAUUCAACAAAUUCAACAGAAGAGCAAGAACAACCAUCAAACAUUUUUCACAAUUUCAUAGACUCAUUCAAAUCAUUUGAUUAUUCUACCUUGCCACCUAUUUAUGACCUACAACCUACAAAUACAAAUGACAUAUAUCCAUCAAAAUCACAAAAUAUACAUCCAUCUCAUCCCAAUUUUGAUUAUUCAAAUUUCACCAGAUUAGAAAGAGAUGCUUUGAUUACUGCAAAUUCUCCAUUAACAAAAGGACUAAAAACUUAUCAUCUUACGUACAUUUCCAUUGCUGCUGUAUUAGGAAGUGGUCUUUUUAUAACUUCAGGUAGUUCAUUAUCUCAUGCUGGUCCAUGUGGUAUUCUACUAGUUUGGUUAUUUAUAAGCUCAAUAAUUUUCGCAACCAUGUCAUCUUUAUCAGAAUUAGCAACUGCAUUUCCAGUAAGUGGUGCAUUUGUUACAUUUCCAACGUUAUUCAUAGAUAAAUCUAUUGGUUUUGCUAUUGCUUGGAACUAUGCUUUACAAUGGUUAGUUACUAUGCCAUUACAACUAAUUGCAGGUGCAAUGUGUGUACAAUAUUGGAGACCAGAUUUACAUCCAGCUAUAUUUGUUACCGUAUUUUAUGUUGUUAUUGUAUGGUUAAAUUUAUUUGGUGUGAAAAGAUAUGGUGAUAUAGAAGUUGUAUUAAGUUUAAUUAAGAUAACUGCAGUUAUUGGAUUUAAUAUUCUUGCAAUUAUUGUUGUUGCUGGUGGCGUUCCUGGUCAACCUUAUAUUGGUGGAAGAAAUUGGCAUCCACCUUUUAAUUCAUCAGAACCAUUUAAAAACAUGUGCUAUAUUAUAUCAAAUGCUAGUUUUUCAUUUGCAGGAAUAGAAUUAUUUGCAUUAGCUUCAGUUGAAUCAGCAACUCCUAAAACAUCAAUUGAAAAAUCAAGAAAGCAAAUUUUUUAUAGAAUAUUGAUAUUUUACAUAUUAUCGAUAAUUAUGAUUGGUUUUUUAGUUUCUUAUAAAUCACCACAAUUAUCAAGAGAUAGUGGUUUUGGAAUUGAUAUAAAUACAAGUCCAUUUGUCAUUGCAAUUAAAAAUGCAAAUAUUCAUGCGUUACCAUCAAUAAUGAACGCAGUAGUUAUUAUAACUGUUCUAUCAGUGGGGAAUUCGUCAGUUUAUGCAUCAACAAGAGUAUUAUGUGCAAUUGGUUCGUUAAAACAAGGUCCAAGUUUCUUAUCAUUCAUAGAUCGAAAUGGUAGACCAAUGGGGUGUUUAAUUAUUCAGUUUUUACUCGGUUUAUUAGCUUAUUUAGUUUGUAUUCGUGGUCAAAGUAUAACAGUUGAAAUAUUUGAAUGGUUAUUAAGUUUAUCUGGUUUAAGUGCAUUAUUCACUUAUUUAUCGGUAAAUAUAUGUCAAAUUAGAUUCCAUCAAACAUUAAACUAUAAAGCAAGAAUUCCAAAAGAAGAAUUAUUAUAUGUUAGUCCCUUAUGGUGUUCUAUAUAUGGUAUAAUCACAAUAUUGGUGAUAUUAGGAUUACAAUUUUGGGCUGCUUUAUUCCCUCCAGGUGAAGGUAAAGCUGAUGCGAAAUCAUUCUUUAAAAUCUAUUUAAGUUUACCCGUAUUUAUUGUUAGUUGGAUUGGACAUAAGAUUUAUGAUAAAGUAUUUAAUGAUAUUCCAUUGUUGAAAUUAUGGUUAUCUGUUGAUGAGAUUGAUGUUGACUCAGGAAGAACACAAUAUGAUUUGGAAGCAAUUAAACAGGAAAUUGCAGAACGUGAAUUGGAAAUGAAGCGAAAACCCUGGUGGUAUAAAGUUUACAACAUAUUCUGUUAG